AUGUUCCAAAAGACAGGAUCAAACUAUGGCGUUAAUGAGGUAUUGCUUUCCUCUGUACUGGGAGCUGUUGUCUUCUCGCUUUUUGCGGCCCAGCCGCUUGUCAUUGUGGGUGUGACGGGCCCUAUCACCGUCUUUAAUUACACUGUUUACGAUAUCAUGAAACCGACAGGAGUCAAUUAUGUCGGCUUUAUGUGCUGGAUCGGCAUAUGGUCGCUCAUUCUUCACUGGAUCCUCGCCAUAACAAACUCCUGCAACUGGCUCCGAUGGGUGACUCGCUUCCCCUGCGACAUCUUCGGCUUCUACGUCGCCUUCAUCUAUCUUCAAAAAGGCAUCCAAGUCCUCGAACAUCUUGGCAGAGGACAAGAGUUCUACCUCUCCAUAGUUGCUGCUCUUCUUGUCUUCAUGGUUGCAUACGUCUGUGGCGAGAUUGGCGCUAGCAGUCUCUUCCGUCACCCCUUGAGAGUGUUCCUCAAGGACUAUGGUACACCUUUGACCAUCAUCUUCUUCACCGGUUUCGUGCACUUUGGUCGCAUGAGAGAGGUUGACCUCGAAGUUCUACCUACUGGCAUCGCCUUUGAACCAACCAGUGGACGAGAUUGGCUCGUCAACUUUUGGGACCUGAGCGUGGGCGACAUUUUUCUUGCGUUGCCUUUUGCAGUUCUCUUAACUAUCCUUUUCUGGUUUGACCACAAUGUUUCUUCACUAAUCGCUCAAGGUAGCGAAUACCCUCUUCGCAAGCCUGCUGGUUUCCACUGGGAUAUCUUUCUUCUUGGCUUAACAACUGGCGUUGCUGGCAUUCUCGGUCUGCCAUUCCCCAAUGGCCUCAUCCCUCAAGCCCCUUUUCACACUGAGUCUUUAUGCGUCACCAAAGCUGUCAAGGUAGACGAUGAGGAUGGCAACUCAAGAGACGCCGGUUACUCUUUCGAGGCCACGCAUGUGGUGGAGCAGCGCGUCUCCAAUAUUGCCCAGGGCCUUCUCACACUCGGCACCAUGACGGGACCCCUUCUAGUAGUCCUACAUCUUAUUCCCCAUGGAGUUCUCGCUGGCCUAUUCUUCAUCAUGGGCGUCCAAGCUCUCGAGGGUAAUGGUAUCACCGCCAAACUCAUUUUUCUCGCCCGAGAUCGUGCUCUUACGCCUUCGAGCAGCCCACUGUUACAGAUCCGCCGGCGCUCAGCGAUAUGGUACUUCGUUCUUAUCGAACUUAUUGGUUUCGGUGCCACUUUUGCCAUUACUCAGACUGUCGCUGCCGUAGGCUUCCCUGUUAUAAUCUUUGCCCUCAUCCCUGUUCGUGCGCUGCUCCUUCCCUAUAUAUUUUCUCCUGAAGAACUUUCUAUCCUCGAUGAGCCUACUGCCUCCGAGUUCACGAUGGAAGGUAUCGGCGGCUCAUGGGGUGGUAAAGUUAGCGAGAAGCCUGCGUCGCAGCAAAGCGAACCCCAACAAGCACUAGAGCAUCAUGGCAGUGUGCUUGCACAGCCUGGGGCUCCUAGGAAGAGUCAAGAGGAACUUGCCGAACUGGGCCAGGUUCAGUCUGGGCGGAGUACGGCGACAAGGAGGACAAGUUUGGAACGACGACCUCACAGGCAAUUAGAUGUAUAG